AUGUCAACUUGUGGUCAGUCUUGGUCAGGCAUUCCAAACAAAUCUGACUUCACUGGAAAUGUAUCUGGAUACAUGUCAACUUGUGGUCAGUCUUGGUCAGGCAUUCCAAACAAAUCUGACUUCACUGGAAAUGUAUCUGGAUACAUGUCAACUUGUGGUCAGUCUUGGUCAGGCAUUCCAAACAAAUCUGACUUCACUGGAAAUGUAUCUGGAUACAUGUCAACUUGUGGUCAGUCUUGGUCAGGCAUUCCAAACAAAUCUGACUUCACUGGAAAUGUAUCUGGAUACAUGUCAACUUGUGGUCAGUCUUGGUCAGGCAUUCCAAACAAAUCUGACUUCACUGGAAAUGUAUCUGGAUACAUGUCAACUUGUGGUCAGUCUUGGUCAGGCAUUCCAAACAAAUCUGACUUCACUGGAAAUGUAUCUAGAUACAUGUCAACUUGUGGUCAGUCUUGGUCAGGCAUUCCAAACAAAUCUGACUUCACUGGAAAUGUAUCUGGAUACAUGUCAACUUGUGGUCAGUCUUGGUCAGGCAUUCCAAACAAAUCUGACUUCACUGGAAAUGUAUCUGGAUACAUGUCAACUUGUGGUCAGUCUUGGUCAGGCAUUCCAAACAAAUCUGACUUCACUGGAAAUGUAUCUGGAUACAUGUCAACUUGUGUUCAGUCUUGGUCAGGCAUUCCAAACAAAUCUGACUUCACUGGAAAUGUAUCUGGAUACAUGUCAACUUGUGUUCAGUCUUGGUCAGGCAUUCCAAACAAAUCUGACUUCACUGGAAAUGUAUCUGGAUACAUGUCAACUUGUGGUCAGUCUUGGUCAGGCAUUCCAAACAAAUCUGACUUCACUGGAAAUGUAUCUGGAUACAUGUCAACUUGUGUUCAGUCUUGGUCAGGCAUUCCAAACAAAUCUGACUUCACUGGAAAUGUAUCUGGAUACAUGUCAACUUGUGUUCAGUCUUGGUCAGGCAUUCCAAACAAAUCUGACUUCACUCGAAAUGUAUCUGGAUACAUGUCAACUUGUGUUCAGUCUUGGUCAGGCAUUUCAAACAAAUCUGACUUCACUCGAAAUGUAUCUGGAUACAUGUCAACUUGUGGUCAGUCUUGGUCAGGCAUUCCAAACAAAUCUGACUUCACUGGAAAUGUAUCUGGAUACAUGUCAACUUGUGGUCAGUCUUGGUCAGGCAUUCCAAACAAAUCUGACUUCACUGGAAAUGUAUCUGGAUACAUGUCAACUUGUGGUCAGUCUUGGUCAGGCAUUCCAAACAAAUCUGACUUCACUGGAAAUGUAUCUGGAUACAUGUAA